AUGAGCAAAGACUCCUCCGCCUCAUACCUACACAUGCACCAACCGCGGCUAGCAGACCUCUUCGAAGAAUUUACACGCCCACACACCUCAACAGCCACCAACUCGACAACAGACCCACACAACGCCAACAGCGCCUCAGCCGCAAACCGCGAAGGAGCAACUGCAGCCGCAAACGCUAUAACCUACGGCUCGACCUCUCCCUCCACAAUCCCCUCAUUCCUACCGAUCGAAGAUAUCUACGUGGCACCACAGUACCAGCCCCCGAACCCCGAAGACGAGGACGAUGUCGUCCCGGACCAGCAUGCGGCGUUUGGCAUUACCCGCGCCAUGGAGCGGAGACGGGAUGCUGUGUGGCGCGAUCUUGGUCUCGAGGCACUUGUUAAUGGCGAAGGACAUGGGCCCGAUGCUGGGCCUUUGACUGGUCCUGGAGGAGCUGGUGCUGCUGGGGCUGCGACCUCUGGGCCUGGGGCUACGCUGCGGGGUAGUGGGGGUGGUGCGGCGGCCGCCGGGGCGCCUGUUAUUAGAAUCAGGGAUUCUGGGCGGAGGAUGGGUGGGCGCAGGGUUAUUGGGUUGCGGUAA